CUUUGGCCGCCUUUGGACGCGUGUGCCGUGUCCGAGUUCGAGUCCCAGUCGCCGUGUGACCCACUGUACCAGACUAUCCGUAAUCUUGGUCCAGCUGAUGCUCCUACGAUUAUCUCGCCAUCUGAAAUUGAGCAACCAGCCUCCGCGACUCAAAAAAAAAAAAACACAACAAGCGCCGCCGGCUUAAUUCUGUUUAUUCGUCGUUAGACUUUCGAUUCGACUUGGGUUUUCGGGAAGUAUUCGAUGUCAUCUAAAAUUAAACGUGUUCCCAAGUUCCACAGUCCUACAGUGUGUCAUUCCGCGAUCGUGCGUGUGUGUUAAGUAAUGCAAACAAAUAAAUGAUAAUGAUAAAAAGGCGAUAAACGUUUAAAGCUCUGAACAAGAAAAGAGGUGCAAAAAGAAAACCGCUUGUGAGUGCGAGGGAAGGGGUGCUAAUUCGAGAAUUCCGCAAUUCUUUUAAUUGCGCAUCGCACGGCGAGGAGAGAGAAAGUGCCCGUGGAGUGCCAGAGUUCAGGAGCGGAGACGCCUCGCUGACAGGUCCCUGCUGUCUUCCAUAUUGCACCGUCGCUCGUUUGGUGGACCCAUCACGAAGUUCGGGCUCCCAGGUUCCCGCACAUGGCCGAGGACGAUUUGAGGGCCCUGGUCGACAGCCUGGAUGACGCCUCGCAGGAGGACCUGGCCAAGGUCAUCGCCAACUUCUCGGUGGACAUGCUGCAGCGGGCCAGCGCCCUAAUUGGCGCCCAACUGGGGAACAGUGGGGGGCAGCUCCGAAACCGCACGCAGGAGUGUCUGCAGCAGCAGCAGCGGGAGGAGGUGGAGGUGGAGCUCCUGGCAUCUGGUGGCAAGCGGAUUUUACAAUGUCCCAGCUCGUUCGAUUCGGUGCUGUGUUGGCCGCGAACAAAUGCCGGCAGCCUGGCUGUUUUGCCCUGCAUCGAGGAAUUCAAGGGCAUUCACUACGACACCACAGACAACGCUACUCGCUUUUGUUUUCCGAACGGAACCUGGGACCACUAUUCGGACUACGACCGCUGUCAUCAGAACUCGGGUUCCAUACCCUUAGUACCGGACUUCUCGCCCAACGUCGAACUGCCGGCCAUCAUAUAUGCCUGUGGUUAUUUUCUAAGCUUUGCCACCUUGGUGGUGGCCCUCAUCAUAUUCCUCAGCUUUAAAGAUCUGCGUUGUCUGCGAAACACCAUUCAUGCGAAUCUGUUCCUCACCUACAUCACCUCAGCCCUCCUGUGGAUACUCACUUUGUUCCUCCAAGUGAUUACCACAGAGUCUAGUCAGGCUGGCUGCAUAACGCUCGUCAUCAUGUUUCAAUACUUUUACCUAACCAACUUUUUCUGGAUGUUUGUGGAGGGCCUCUAUCUGUACACAUUGGUGGUGCAGACGUUCUCCAGUGAUAAUAUUAGCUUUAUUAUCUAUGCCCUGAUAGGCUGGGGCUGUCCAGCUCUAUGCAUUUUGGUGUGGUCCAUAGCCAAGGCAUUUGCCCCACACCUCGAAAACGAACACUUCAAUGGGCUGGAAAUUGAGUGUACAUGGAUGCGUGAAUCUCAUAUCGACUGGAUAUUCAAGGUACCUGCCUCACUGGCUUUGCUGGUUAAUCUAGUAUUUCUUAUACGCAUCAUGUGGGUGCUCAUAACCAAACUGCGUUCCGCUCAUACCCUGGAAACGCGGCAGUAUUAUAAGGCCUCUAAGGCGCUACUUGUGCUUAUACCGCUUUUUGGAAUCACCUAUCUGUUGGUGCUCACCGGCCCGGAACAGGGCAUCAGUCGUAAUCUCUUCGAGGCCAUAAGAGCCUUCCUCAUCAGCACGCAGGGUUUCUUUGUGGCUCUGUUCUACUGUUUCCUAAACUCUGAGGUUCGUCAGACGUUAAGGCAUCGAUUUACACGGUGGCGCGAGAGCAGAAACAUCCAUCGGAACAGCUCCAUGAAGAAUCGCAGGCAUCGCGCCUCAAAAGACUACUCGCUGCGAUCGCGAACCGAAAGUCUGCGCACGGAGGAAUGUGUGAUCUGCCUGCGUCCUUCGCCACAUACGCGAUUGGGAUCUUUACAACGCUACCACAGCAUCGAUAUCACAGAUUUUGUCUAGGUUUUUCUGUUUCUGAUGAGCAUUUAUUUAGGCCAGUUUAUUUUUCUUGACUCGCUCAUAAAACUGCCCAGAGAAGAAAGCCAUCGGUGCGUAGGUCCGAUAAAGUCGAUAUCAAUUAUCGGUAUAUUUAUGGGCAGGCAAUAACUUCCGUCUGAUCAAAUGAAACUCGCAGAGAGCAUUGAACAGCUUCAGAUUGGCAUGCGGUUCAGGAUUAUCAGAAUAAAUUAUUCUCCCAAUACUGGAUGGAGUCAACCAGCAGCGUUUGCCUCUGAAGAUUUGACGAAGUGAUUUGGUUUAUCAUCUAAAAGCUAAAAACAGAUAAGUACAGACUGCAAAAAAACUUACCUUUAAAAGCAGCACCAACAGCUGAUGUCGCGCAUCUUCUCAUGCACCUGGUUUUAGAAUUCCAGCUUCAAAUAUAUAUAAAAAGAAACUAUGGCCACCCAAAAAAGUAGUUAUGAGAUCAGGAAC